CCUCCUCCGUCCCAGCAUGCACCGCGCCGUCCGCAGCAUAAAGAGAAGAGGCUGAAGAGAAACAACAGGGUGGGAUUACAGACGCCUGUUGUGCUUGGCAUAUUCGUCAAAUAACGUCUGCGGACGACAAGGAGCGUGUCAUGGCCCUGAGGAGCUGAGAGCGGUGCUGUUCCUUGCAUCUGUUGGGGGGUUUCCACGGUGUGAGAGUUGCCAGAGAAGCCUGGGGGGCCCGGUCAGCGAGUGGACAGGGAAGGGGGCAGAGCUCAGCUGGAGCCAAUGCAGCAGCACCAGCAGCAUCGACAGCCAGAGCUAGCGGAAGGAAACCUUCCUGUGUUCGUGUUCCCGACCGAGCUCGUCUUCUACGCAGAUGAGCAGUCGUCUCACAAGCAGGUGCUCACCCUCUACAAUCCCUAUGAGUUCGCACUCAAAUUCAAAGUGCUGUGCACAGCGCCAAACAAGUAUACCGUGGUUGAUUCCACAGGAGCCGUCAAGCCACAGUGUUGCGUUGACAUAGUAAUCCGACACAGAGACGUGCGGCCGUGCCACUAUGGCGUGUACGACAAGUUCCGACUGCAGGUGUCGGAGCAGAGUCAGCGCAAAGCCCUGGGUCGCAAAGAGGUGACAGCGACGCUCCGUCCGUCGGCAUCGCAGGAGCCGCCCAGCCUCGGGGCCCAAGACGAGGAGCGGCGGAUUAAAGAGCAGUUUGCAGACAGCGAGUUUUUCGAACAGACCGCAUUUCAGACAGAGAGCCGUCCUGUUGCUGGAGGACCCAGUCUGCUGACGGUGCUGCUGGGACUCGUGUGCAUGAUCGCCCUGAUGCUUCCGACGCUGGGGGAGCAAGAAUCCACCGUGCCUGUCUACCUCCACUUAAGUGUCAACAAGAAACUGGUAGCUGCUUAUGUUCUUGGUCUUCUCACUAUGGUCAUCCUACGUACAUGAAGCGCAGGAAGUGCGAGGAGGAGGAGGAGGAGUGUUGAAGGAUGAAGAGGACAUUGUCAAACAAGAGGCACGGCUACGCUAUGAGCCGAGCCGACGGCAGCGGGAUGGAGCCCCCUUUACUCUCCACUCGCUGAAAGAUGCUGUUUACCACAUUGGUUUCAACUACAUAUUGUGUUUUCUGGGCUGUUACAAAAAAGGGGAAGACCUGCAGGUAUUCGCUGCGGGCCGGAGGAGCCGGAGCGGCCCGCGAAACAAACACGUGGUGCUUCGACGUCGCCUGGACCCACUUGCAUUCUUUGUGUCUAUAUUGCCAUUGUGUGACGCAAUAUGGUUAACUGGAGUGUGAAGAACUCUACAUGCAUGUAUAUAAAGCCAUUAAACCGUCAUUAUUCCCCUGGA